AAAUUAGCGUUUUUACAGUUGUAAACCAGUGGCACAGAUUUUUCCUGAUAAUUUGUAGCACAUCACCGACUAUUUUUAUCCCUUUAAUUAUUCUGUAAUUUUUCCUGCGAUCAUGCCCCUGUCACGUCAGCUGUAAUCAAAGUCUCCGAUUGCCGUUCAUGUGAAAAAGCGCGGUCAUUUACACUUUUUCUCAUCCUUUUCCCUUCCUGAAACACGGUGUGUGUGUAAUGUGUGUUGCCAGUGUGCGCCGUUUGCAGCAGUGUGUGUGAUAAAUGCCAACUACAGGCAAUUUUGUGUGAUGCGUCCUUUCGGUGUCUGCGCGUGUGGCAUGGGCAUUGCAUGACUGAGGGGGUCUGUUUUUGGAAAGUUGCUGAGUUAUACGUUAUUUUUAUGAAAGUGAUACGUCGUCACAAACGGUGGAGAACGGCAUCUAGUUGAUGGCGGCGAUAAGGCAGCGCUAUGCGUCGCCGCCGUUGCGCAGCGAAGAAAAGCAGAUGGACAGCAUUUUCACUCGGAUAAUCGCGGCGAUUGCUGCUGCUGCAUAAGCCAUGGAUUUCUUCAUUUCCCGGUGUACGGGACACUAUUUGUUUAAUUUGGGAAAUCUGAUCUGAUACUUCCUGGAGCGCGGGGCCAGUAUGCACUAAUCAUAUUGCGCGUUGAUCGCUUAAUUUUCUCCCUGUCUCUUGCGUUGAUUAAUGUGACGCGCACACACGGCUGCCGUGACGGAAUGUUGUUGUGUGGACGGGUGGUGUGGCUGUUGUGCGGUGUUGGUGUGUUGAUGUUGGCCGCCGACAAUGUGGGACACAAGCAGAAUGUCACUAUCGGACUGAUUGUCCCCAAUAAUGACCGCUACGCCGCGUCCCUGCACCGCAUUCUGCCCGUGGUGCGUCUGGCCAUUGACAGGGUGCACGCGGUGCUCAUGCCCAAUUAUUCCUUCAAUGUCACGUGGACGGAUUUGAGUGAUUGCUCGGCUACGUACGGCCCGUUGAGCGCCGUCGAUAUGCGCGAUAAAGUUCAGGUGUUUUUUGGACCGGUCUGCAUCUAUGACCUGGCGCCCGUUGUCCGAUUUACCAAUGCCAGCUGGGGCAUUCCCAUUUUGACCUCAAGUGGAAAAAGCUUAGUUUUCGACAACAAGACCGAGUAUGCGCUUAUGACUCGCAUGAAUGGCUUUUACGGUCAGCUGGGUGACGUAAUGACAGAAAUCCUGCGCAAAUUCAACUGGAAUACAGUCGGACUCUUCUAUUCGGAUCUCAUAUCCGAGAAGAAUCGUGGACAUUCCGAAUGUUACUUUUCCCAGGAGGCUUUUUUCUGGGCUAUGAAGAGCAAGAAGAUCUGGAAUAAGCCGCCUUUUCAAAAGAGUUUCGAUGAAUCGGAUCCCGACGUGAACUUCCGUCUCAUGUUAGAGGAUGUGACAUUGCAUGCACGCAUCAUUACCAUUUGCGCCUCCGCCAGAACCGUUCGGCGGCUUCUCCUGACAGCAGAGUCCAUGGGCUUAUUGGACUCAGGAGAAUGGGUGUUUAUUAAUAUCGAGUUAGCGGCAAGCACCACUACGGAUCAGAAGAUCUGGGAGGAUCCCAUGGACGAGGGCAACAAUACCCGAGCCCGGAAAGCCUUCGAGUCCGUGUUGACGGUGCGACCACGGACACCCACGACCGAACCAUAUCUCAUGUUUUCCAACGACGUCAAGCGAUUAACAAGACAGGAGUUUCCAGAUUUCCGUGACCGCGAUGCGCUGGUUAAUCCCGAAGCCGCAUCGUUUUAUGAAGCGCUGUUACUGUAUGUGGCGGCUUUGAAAGAAGCGGUCAGCAUGGGCUAUUCAGCCAAGGAUGGGAGAAUUAUUCACGAACUGAUGAAGAAUCGCACACUGCCAGGGAUUGUUGGAAAUUUCACUGUGGAUUCUAACAACGAUCGCCAUGUGGACUAUUCCAUUUUGGAUAUGGAGCCAACGACAGGACUGCUAAAGGAGGUGGCUACGUAUUGGGGCAUGGAGAAGAAAUAUGCCGAAACCAAGGACGCUAAAAUCCACUGGCCCGGUCCGGGAGGGCUGCCGCCUGCGGACACUCCGGAAUGCGGUUUUGACGGAUCCAAAUGCCAGCCCGUUAUCACGACAUGGGGAAUUGUGUCGAUCGUUCUGUCGGUUGUGGUUAUUGCUUUGCUGCUGGGACCAUUUUUGAUUUGGCGCCAUUUCAAGAAAGAAUCGGAUAUAGCUAUGAUGACCUGGCUGAUUAAAUACGAUGAGUUGGACUGGGGGAAUAAGGACGAAAUGCGCCGCUCGGACAGUAAACAAAGCUUAUUAAAGGUGAAGGCCGAUGACACCAUGUCGGUGGAUUCGCUGGCUAUGGGAAAGUGUAAACAGAUCUUCGCGCCAACUGCCACGUACAGGAAGCAGAAGCAGCUGUGUGCCGUAAAAAGACUCAACGAGCAGCAUAUUCCGCUAUCGAGGCCGUUACUGAUCGAAUUUAAAAUGGUUCAAGGUCUGCAGCAUGAACAUCUCGCGAGGUUUAUUGGAGCCUGUUUUGAUUCGGUCCCGCCAUGUCUAUUGUUUGAAUACUGCCCGAAGGGCAGUCUUGAAGACAUAUUGGAGAAUGAGGAGAUUCAGUUGGACUGGAUGUUUCGGUAUUCUUUGAUGCAUGAUCUCACCAAGGGCAUGAAUUACAUUCACGGCAGUGAGCUACGCACCCACGGCAAUCUAAAGAGCUCCAACUGUGUGGUGGAUAGCCGGUUCGUCUUGAAGAUAACCGAUUAUGGGCCGCAUUGUAUGCGCGAGGCCGAGGAACCAGUGGAGAGUGAUGUCGGCUCGCAUGCCUAUUGGAAAAAGAAACUGUGGACGGCACCGGAACUGUUACGGCAGCGCCGUCCCAACCAUUCCGGUACACAGAAGGGCGAUGUGUACAGUUUCGCCAUCAUCGCCCAGGAGAUCAUCUACCGCAAUGGACCCUUCUACAUCAGCGACACCGAUACAACCGCCGGCCGGACACCAACCAAUGAUCCCAAGGAGAUAAUUGACAAAGUGAUUCAAGUUCAGCCGAUUCCCUUUCGUCCCACCCUGGAGUCGUUUGCCGUGGAGGACCAGUCGCUGGUGUCGAUGAUUGAAAAAGCCUGGAGUGAAGAUCCCAAUGUCAGACCGGAUUUCAAUUCACUUAGGACCAUCAUCCGCCGGCUCAAUAGAGACAAUGAAAGCGGAAACAUCCUGGACAACUUAUUAAAGCGCAUGGAACAGUAUGCCAAUAAUCUGGAGAGCCUGGUGGCCGAACGCACAGCAGAUUACCUGGAACAAAAACGAAAAGCGGAAGAGUUACUUUAUCAGCUGUUACCGGCGCAGGUUGCUGGUCAGCUAAUCAAGGGCCAACCGGUCAAGGCCGAAUCGUACGAUUCGGUUACCAUUUAUUUCAGUGAUAUUGUCGGUUUUACGACACUAUCGGCAUUAAGUACUCCAAUGCAGGUCGUGAACUUCCUAAACGAUCUGUACACAUGCUUUGAUGCCAUUACGAUGGGUUUUGAUGUGUACAAAGUGGAAACCAUUGGUGACGCUUAUGUGGUCGUUAGUGGACUGCCACUGCGUAACGGAGAUCUCCAUGCGCGGGAAAUUGCCCGAAUGUCGCUCAGUAUUAUCGAAAAAGUGAAAAAGUUCGAGAUUCGCCAUCGACCGAAUGAUCAGCUGCGUGUUCGGAUUGGCAUGCAUACUGGCCCGGUUGUUGCUGGAGUCGUCGGAUUAAAAAUGCCGAGAUAUUGUUUAUUCGGCGAUACUGUUAACACGGCGUCACGCAUGGAAAGCAACAGUCUACCUCUUCGAAUUCACUGCAGUGAAGCGUGUCGGAAUGUCUUGGUUAAGUUCGGCAGUUUCGAUCUGGAACUGCGCGGGGAACUGGACGUGAAGGGAAAAGGUCAAAUGGUGACCUACUGGCUGAACGGCGAGCAUCCCGCCCAGCCGGCGCUGACGGCCAACGCGCCCCUAUCUGAUCCUCUUGAUCUCAAGCGUACGGUCAGCGCGUCGCGGUUGGCCAGCCACACGACGGUGCUGCCGACGGUGUCAGCGCCGCUGUUGCAGAAUGCCGCGGGGGAUCCGCACCGCGGCCUCAUCAUGGUCAACGGACCCAAGCUGACCCUCAUCGACCACGCGGUGCGGGAGGAUGCCGGUGAUGCAGUGGGAGCAGUCCAAAGAGACCAUCCGCUGAUUGACGACGACUGACACAACCGAUUUCAUGCGGGCCUGGAUUUCUUAUUAAUUUUGUUGUUUUUCUCUCUUUACUUUUCUUAAUUCACAGAGUUUAUGAUCUUGCUUGAAUUUGGCUUUUAUGAAGUGGGGUUUUUAAGAAGCGUUAGUGCUACCUCUGGUGGAAUGCGAUUUUUUGGGGGUUUUUUGUUGUGAUGUUGGGAUUUUUUUUCGUGACAGAGUAUUAUUGCGAUGAAUUAUUAGGAACUGAUGUUCAAUGGUUGGAGUGGGUUAAUUCGGUGCAUCGGACAAUUUUGCGAUGGGAGGAAGGUGUUUGAUUGAUUUUAGCAUGGUAGAAAAAACCCGCUUCAUUAUAUUGAUGCGCUGUAUUAAUGAAGUAUGUAGCACUGGGAGUGCUUACUUGGCGGCGUUGGCCGAAGUGAUUCUGUGCGACCGAACUCCCGCUGAAGUGAUCGGACGCGAUUGUUCUCACAUCGGGGUGGAAAGUUCCCAUGCGCUGGCAUUAAGAAUGUACAGUACAUGGUACAAGUACUUGUACGUACGUGAUGUCUGCCUGACUGACAGUGAACUGCCGCGCAUAUCUGUACUGUGCUUUGAUCGUGUGCGUUUUGCUUAUUUUUGCGAUCAGCGAAAAGCCACUUUUUCUG